AUGGCCGUGAAACUCCCUUACACAUAUCUGCAGUGCUAUCAUGCUUCAUUCACCGAGGCUCUUCUCAAUCGCAAUCGCGACCUUGCCACUAGACAGGAUUCUGCUGGAAGAACAGCCCUCCACUUGGCUUCUGCAGAGGAUAACCUGGAGGCCGUGCAGACACUGCUAGACUUUAAUGAUGAGCCAUGCUUGGUUGCUAAUAGAGAAGGAAGACUUCCUCUGCACUAUGCAGCUAUGAGGGGGAGGCCACAGGUUGUGGAAGCAUUGGUCAUAGCGCAGCCAGAUUCUCUAGGUUGUCUUGACCCACAAGGGAACAGUGUUUUUCACUUGUGUGUCACAUACAACCAUUCCAAGACUCUGCAAUCAUUGGUAAAAUUGGACUAUGCCACUGCCAAUGCUACUGUAGGUGCGCCUCGCGUUCCCAUCCUUACGUCCCCUGAUCGUACGGGAAACACCAUUCUCCAUUUGGCCAUCAUGUAUGAGCGAGAUGAGGCUGUAAGGUAUCUGCUGUCAAUUCCAGAAAUAAGAGAAUUAGGAAAGACGAAGAACCAAGAUGACCUUACGGCUCUGGAUAUCCUGGAACUUAGUCCAAAAGACAGGAAAAUCAAACAAAUAAAACUCAUGUUGACAAAGUCCGACACGGAAGAAUCUGGAAAGUUCGACACGAGAGAAUCUGAAACAUCGAUGUCGAAGCGUAUUAGGAUGAUUUUAAAAAGGAUGGGAAACCACUUGAAGGGUGGGGUUGAUACUAGUUGGAUAGAAGAAGUGAGGGGGAAACUGAGUGCGGCAUCUAUUUUUAUGGCAUCCGUAACCUUUCAAGCCUUAAUUAAUCCACCAGGGAGCUUUAUUCAACAAGACUUCGCAAAGCGAGAAGAUGCCCCCUCACCGUCUGCGGCCCUCAACUGCGUGAUGGAUGGCGAUAGAAAGCUUUGUCCCGGAGAAGCAGUCUCAUCCUUUAAUCAAGGAGGACCAUUUCUGUCGUAUGCAGCUUGUAUUACCAUCUCUUUCUAUGCAUCCCUUUCUGUCACCCUCCUGCUUGUAAGUGGAGUUCCUUUGCAGAAUAGUGCCGCCAUCUGGAUUCUAGCUAUAGGCAUGUCUCUCUCUGUCCUCAGUCUUGCAGUUGCAUACAACUUUGCCGUCUACAUGUUGGUCUACUCUGCUGGUUAUUUAGGCCUCGUGGCCUUGUGUGCAUUUGUUCUCUGGACUUGUGGAUUUGUUCUUCCACUUGUGUUGUUUAACACAAUGCGCUUUCUCAUCUGGAUUGCCAACAAAUGUUGUAAUAAGACUAACAGGAAGUGA